UUGUGCCACAAAUGCUGUCGAUUGAACCGAGCUUAAAAAGUGUUUACUACAGACAGGAUUUUAAAGCAUUUUGUUGUCAAAUUUUUGUUUUACAAUGUAGACUAUAUCAAAUGAGGAAAAGGAAAAGCAAAAGUGACACAAGCGGUUGUCAAGGUAACGUUUGGUGUAAUGACGUGUUGAGGCUGACGCUUCCUUUACUUUGUGGCAACGUCAAAUAAGAGUUUUCUGUUACAAAAUGGAUUAAAAGAGACAGCCCCAAGGUAAGAAUUCAUCAACGUAAACUACUAGAGUCAAAAUAUCAAAUCUUCGAGAAACGUGCUGCUGAUUGUAAAAUAAGUGUACACACUGUAAGCAGUGUUUGUGAGUGAGAUCAUGGACUGUAAUGAACAGAACUCACAAGACGAAUCCCCGGAGACAUUCACAUGUCCGAAGAUCCUCAAAACAACAACUGACAUUUAUCAAGAUAUCAGCGAAGAGUUGAGACUUGACGAGAAAUCAGCAGAGCUCAGUGCUGAGUCCGUGGAGAAGACAGUGAGACUGCAGAAAGAGAAAGCAGAAAGAGGCGACUCUCAAGCCACUUUCCUCCUGGGACAGUUACACUAUGAAGAGGGUCGCUAUACAGAAGCUGAGAUGAUCUUUGAUAGCAUUAGAGAUCAAGAUCCCAGAGCUCUAUAUCAACUGGCUGUCAUUUACUAUGAUGGCCUUGGAACCAAAGAAGACCUCAGCAAGGCAAUUGAGUACAUGAGAAAAGUUGCAUUGUGGGAUUCCCCUGAAGUGGGCUGUAUCAGAUACGCAGCGCUGUAUAACCUGGGCAGGGCGUAUCUGGAGGGAUUUGGUGUCCAAACGUCCAGCACUGAGGCAGAGCGGCUGUGGCUCCUGGCAGCUGAUGAUGGAAACCCAAACGCGAGUGUGAAAGCUCAAUCCGCUCUGGGCAUGUUCUACUGCAGACCUGAAACUCUCAAUCUCAGAAAGGCUUUCCUUUGGCACUCCGAUGCCUGUGGUAAUGGUAGUCUGGAGUCUCAGGGCGCCCUGGGUGUGAUGUAUCUGUUUGGUCAUGGAGUGCAGAGGGAUCCAGAAGCUGCUCUGUUCUGCCUGAAGGAGGCAGCAGAGAGAGGAAACGUGUACGCACAAGGCCACCUGACUGCCUGCUACUACCAUAGGAAGCUGUACUCAAGAGCAGCUGCCCUAGGGGAGAGUGUGUGCAAAUACGAGGACAUCAGUGCUUUAGCGCGACACACAGACUGUCUGGAGGAGUAUAUCAGGAAGGGUAUCAGUAUAGCUAUGUUUUACUACGCACGCUGCCUUCAGCUGGGCCGAGGCAUCCUGCAGAACAGAGAGACAGCACAAAGAUACUUCACACAGGCUGCAGAGAUAGAUCCAGUGAUGUGCAAGGAGCUGCAAAUGGACAUUGUAUAUGACAGGAUUUAAACAAAAACAGCAAUCACACAAUUUCUCUCAUCAGUAAAGUUUAUGAUGGAUACAGUCAGUGUUAAACUGAACUCACUAACAGGACGCAAUGAGACUUUCAGUUAGGGUGAUGUGUAAUUACAAUCGCUGUCCUGACUUUGAUGCUAAUGAAUAAAAAGUUUAUUUCAUUUCAUUGUAAAUGUAA